GGCGGUUGCUUCCCCUUCGCCUUCUCCUCCGUCUUCCUCGCGUGCAGAAUAACCACUUCACCGCCGGAUCUCACGGCGCCCCAAGUUUAGGCGGUUACCUAACCACCCCACGAAUCCCAGCCGCCGCCGCCGACGAGCAGGAGGAGCGAUCUGACUAGUAAGCCGGAGCACAUGGAGAGCUCGUCGCCGUCGGUGCCGUUCCCGCUGCUGCAGGCGCCGGUGGAGAGCACGUACAGGGCCUGCACCAUCCCCUACCGCUUCGCCUCCGACAACCCGCGAAAGGCCACCCCCGUCGAGAUCCAGUGGAUCGACCUCUUCCUCAACUCCGUCCCCUCCUUCAGGCAGCGCGCGGAGAACGACCCCACGGUGCCCGAUGCGCCCGCCAAGGCCGAGAAGUUUGCCCAGAGGUACACUGCAAUGCUCGAGGAGUUGAAGAAGAACCCAGAGAGUAAUGGAGGGCCACCAGAUUGCAUUCUUCUUUGCAGGCUUCGUGAGCUAGUCCUUAGAGAACUGGGAUUUAGGGAUAUAUUCAAGAAGGUUAAGGAUGAGGAGAAUGCUAAGGCUAUGUCACUCUUUGAGGGCGUUGUUCAGCGAAAUGAUGAGAUUGAAGAUGAUGGAAAACGAGCAGAGAACUUGAUCCGUGGAAUCUUAGCAGGAAACAUAUUUGACUUAGGAUCUGCACAGCUUGCAGAAGUUUUUGCUAAAGACGGUAUGUCCUUCUUAGCGAGUUGCCAGAAUCUUGUAUCUCGACCUUGGGUUAUCGAUGACCUGGAUGCAUUUCAAAAUAAAUGGACUAAGAAAUCUUGGGAAAAGGCUGUUAUUUUUGUUGAUAAUUCUGGCGCUGAUAUCAUCUUGGGCAUAUUACCAUUUGCAAGGGAAUUGCUCCGACAUGGCACAAAGGUGAUUCUUGCUGCCAAUGACAUGCCAUCAAUCAAUGAUGUCACUUACCCAGAGCUUGUUGAAAUUAUAAACAAGCUCAAGGAUGAAAAUGGAAAGCUUGCAGGUGUGGAUGCAUCUGACCUACUCGUUGCCAACUCCGGUAACGAUUUGCCAGUAAUUGAUUUGUCCAGUGUGUCACCAGAACUAGCUUAUUUGGCAAAUGAUGCUGACUUGGUCGUUCUAGAAGGCAUGGGAAGAGCAAUUGAAACCAACCUAUAUGCACAAAUGAAAUGUGACUCGAUUAAGAUCGGAAUGGUAAAACAUCCUGAAGUGGCGCAAUUUUUGGGUGGGAGGCUUUAUGAUUGCGUCUUCAAAUUCAAUGAGGCCUAAACUUUGAUAACAUCAGACACACAUGCGGUUGCUUUAUUUCGUUUUCAACUGGUGCGAGGCUACACUGAACAUAUCACAUGUGCUCGUCCCUUUCAUAUUAAUAGCAAGGAAAAUAAGUUAGAUCAUGGCAUUUUUAGGGAAUGCAAUUACGGAACUUUUAAUUCGUAUUGCACUACGUGCCUUUUCAUCUAGGUAGCGGAAUAGUAAAAAGGAAAAAAAAAUCCCUUCUGCGAUUCAGAUUAAUAAUAACAGUUCAACUAAAGUACCUCCGUGUUUUAUCAUGUUAUUUAAUUCGAACAUUGUUUGAUACCGGUUCUGCUUCUGAUAAAAGUGCCAUUGAAGAUCAGUUGUGUUCUGUAUUAUACUAGCCUAACUACUUCGCAGAAAAAUGGGUGUAUAGUGUAGCCUUUACUUCGGAUUUGGGAAGAAGAUGAAUUUUGUAACA